CUCCCGCGGUCCAGUCGGCGAGCAGAGAGGACGGAACAGGUUCUGUGCAGGUGAUUCAAAAUGACUCGAAGUUCUGGAGUUAGGGCUUUCCAAGGACUACUCAUUUUUGGAAAUGUAGUCAUUAUGUUAUGUGGCAUUGCAUUGACAGCUGAAUGCAUCUUCCAUGUUUCGGAUCAGCACAGGUUCUGGCCUUUGCUCGCAGCUGCUGAUAAUACUGACAUUUUUGCUGCUGCAUGGAUUGGCCUCUUUGUUGGUUUUUGCCUGUUUUUACUGAGCAUUGUUGGUAUAUUUGGAAUCAUGAAGUCAGCCAAGAAAGUUAUUUUGACUUACCUUAUAUUGAUGAUAAUUGUCUACAUUUUUGAAGUUGCCUCUUGUAUAACAGCUGCAACACACAGAGACUUUUUUGUUCCGAAUUUCUUCCUCAAACAAAUGCUUCAGUUGUAUUCUAACCGAAACUGGCAGAAUGAAGCAGAGUUCCAAAACUACGUAGGCCUCACAAAUACUUGGAAUAGCAUCAUGCCUGAUAACAAUUGCUGUGGUGUAAAUGGACCUCAGGACUGGAUUCAGUUUAACUCUGCUUUCAGGUCAAACCAUUUAGAUUCUGACUUUCCCUGGCCUCGACAGUGUUGCACCACAACCCCUUUUGGCCAAAUCCAAGAUGUUAAUGCAUGCAAGCUUGGUAUUAAUGGCUAUGUUUAUAAUCAGGGUUGCUAUGAAUUUAUCUCUGGACCUCUGAAUAGACAUGCUUGGGGUGUAGCAUGGUUUGGAUUUGCCAUCCUUUGUUGGACAUUUUUUGUCCUUGUUGGAACAAUGUACUACUAUGCUGUCCUGGAGAAUUGAAUCGCACUAUUGGACUUCUAAUGGAUUUGAGUUAAAUGAUUACCAACUGUCUACCACUUGCAAUACUGAGGAGAGCACACUUAACCUGCACCUGUGACGUAUUGGGAAUUGUAACCUGUUCUUGUAUAACAUUUCAUGGUUCUCAUCUGCAUCUUGGCCUGAUGAAGGGCCUCUUGAAGUAGUUGUAAUUCCUACCUAGGUUCUUAUCAAGCAAUAUUGCAGUCCUCUUCUAUGGAAUCAUGAAUUUCAACUGAUUUCUUUAUGCUGCUAUAACCCUGCCAUGAGCAAUUGACCACUGUAGAAAAUUGGAUUUUUACUCCCCAUAUUUGCCUAUUUUAGUUAAAAGAACAUGUUUUGGCCAGACUAAGUGACUUAAUUCACUAAUUGAUAUAAACAUUAGCUGCCUUGGAUUUAUGAAUGGGCAUACCUUUAGCUGCUCUUUGGUGGAUUCAGAUUUAUUCUUAUCAACUGGUGAUAGUGGACAUUGCUUUUCUGAAGGUGAUAAUUUGGAAAGGAAGUAGCAGCUUGAAGCCAUUCCACAAAACAGUGUAAAUUCUAAUUCUCCCUUCAGCUUUAAUUCUAUUACUUUAAUAGGUUUGCAAUUUUCCAUGUUUUUGUUUGAAAAAUUGAUCUUGUUUGUUCACUAUACUUUUCAUUUAAGUAGUGGUAGAACUAUAUGAACAAUAAAAUCAGUGGCAGAAGUUGUGGUGUUUUGUAUAGUGUAAACUGAAUAUAACUGGAGAUGUGCUGUUAGCUUGCAUGGAGAAAUGCUGGACAAAUCUAAGUACAUAGAGGCAUUGUCUUGGAAAGUAAGUGCAGGUAAAUUUGGAAAUUGUAUUAGUCUUUCUACCUGUAAAUGGGUCAUGAGUAUUGAACAUGUACAUUAAGUUUUCUUUUAUAUCAUGUUAAUGUAUGAAAGCAUUAAUUUUUAAUAAAUUAUGAAUCUUCAGGACAUAA